UAUCCCCUUUAACUCGCUCGUCUUACAAACUGCAGUGUUGUCAAUGCAGGCUGAUUUUGGUCGGCGGAAUUAUUUAAACUAAAGUUACCCGUUUUUAACUUUCUACCUCCUCACGAAGUGGGUGUAACUGUGUGGUUUAGCUUUACGAGCUCGUAUUCCUGCUUGUAAAGAAUGCUCUGGUUCAUGUUGUUCGUGUCGGUGCUGUGGUCUUGUCUGAUGAAUACUGGACCCGCUCGAGGAUACUUCCAUGAAGAGCGCUGGAGCCCGGAGUCUCCUUUAUUAGCUCCCCGAGUAAUGAUCGCUCUGAUCUGCCGUAACGCCCAGCACUCGCUGCCACAUUUCCUCGGGACCAUUGAGCGUCUGAAUUACCCCAAAGACCGAGUCGCGCUGUGGGUAGCAACGGACCACAAUAUUGACAACACCACUUACGUACUGCGAGACUGGCUCAUCAGUGUACAGAAACUCUACCAUUAUGUUGAGUGGAGGCCAAAGGAGGAACCGAGAAAAUAUAACGAUGAGGAAGGACCGAAGGAAUGGACGAAUGAGCGUUACGCCUACAUCAUGAGACUGCGGCAGGCGGCGCUUGAGUCUGCACGAGAGAUGUGGGCAGACUAUCUCAUGAUGAUUGAUUGUGAUAAUCUCCUGAUCAACCGAGAUGUCAUAUGGAAACUAAUAAAAGAGAACAAGACAAUUGUGGCACCAAUGAUGGAGUCUCGUGCUGCCUACUCAAACUUCUGGUGUGGAAUGACAUUCCAGGGCUACUAUAAACGAACCCCAGCCUACAUCCCCAUGCGCAAGCAAGUGCGUAGGGGUUGCUUUGCCGUUCCCAUGGUGCAUUCGACUUUCCUGGUUGACCUGCGGAAAGAAGCUUCCAGACUGCUUGCUUUUCACCCACCACAUCCAGAUUACACCUGGGCCUUUGAUGACAUUAUAGUCUUUGCUUUUUCAGCCCGCAUGGCAGGGGUCCAAAUGUUCAUUUGUAACAGGGAGACUUACGGUCAUCUCCCAGUGCCUCUUCGUGCGCACAGCACCAUGCAGGAUGAGGCCGACAGCUUCAUUCAUACCAUCCUGGAGGUCAAUGUGAGAAAUCCUCCAGUUGAGCCUUCCAGAUACUUGCCCAAACCUGUCAGAAGACCUGACAAAAUGGGCUUUGAUGAGGUGUUUAUGAUCAACCUGAAGCGGCGGGCCGACCGUCGUGAGCGCAUGCUGAGGGCAUUGAGAGAGCAAGAAAUCGACUGCAAAAUUAUUGCUGCUGUUGAUGGCAAAGCUAUGAACGUCAGUGAGAUCCAUGCUAUGGGAAUCCACAUGCUUCCCGGCUACAGUGACCCAUACCACGGCAGACCUCUGACGAGAGGAGAGCUGGGCUGCUUCCUGUCCCACUAUAACAUCUGGAAAGAGAUUGUAGACCGAGGCCUGAAGACCUCACUGGUGCUUGAAGAUGAUUUGCGGUUUGAGAUUUUCUUCAAGCGCCGCCUGCAGAAUCUGAUAAGUGAGGUGGAGAGUGAGGGUCUGGACUGGGACCUCAUUUAUAUUGGGAGGAAGAGGAUGCAAGUGGACCGGCCUGAAAAAGCAGUCCCGAAUAUUCGCAACCUGGUGGAGGCGGACUAUUCCUAUUGGACCUUGGGUUACAUGAUGUCAUUACAAGGAGCCAAAAAGCUCCUCAAAGCAGAACCACUCACUAAAAUGUUGCCUGUGGACGAAUUCCUUCCUGUAAUGUUUAAUAAGCAUCCUGUAUCGGACUACAUGGAGCAGUUUGAGACGAGGGACCUGAAAGCAUUCUCAGCGGAGCCCUUGCUUGUGUUUCCUACACACUACACGGGUGAAGCAGGGUACAUCAGUGACACCGAAACCUCCACAGUGUGGGACAAUGAGAAAGUGCAUACAGACUGGGACAGGAAGCACUCGGGUAAAACCCAGGAACAGGCUGAGAUCAGCACAGAGGCCCAAAACACAGAUGUGCUCCAGUCUCCUCUGGACAGGACAGCCCGGGACGAACUAUGAGAGACUAGAACUGCUUCUGGGGGGCGAAGUCUGGUUCCACUAUAAGCACAAUAUACGUAACUCACCAGAAGAUGCCUUUUUAAAGAUUUUUUUAAAUCUGUAAAAAAAAAAAAAAAAGAAAUGUUUUCAGAUUAAACGUUUGUCCAUUUAUUGUUGAU